GGUCCUCUUCCCUGAGCCAUGAAGCCGAAGAAGGAUGGAGAACAUUACAAUUCGAGUCUGAAAAGCAUAGAGAACCCAUCUGUCGUCCCAGGCAGCGAAAAAGAGAGACGGAAGGCACAAACGACGUGGAAGAAAGUCACAGUCAGCGAGGAUGUCGAAGUAAUUGAGAUCAUCUCAAGCGACGAGUCCGGCGACGAGUCUUCAAAUACAAAGCUGCCCUCUUCGCAAUUGGACGGAUCUCAUGCAAAUUUGCUAAAGAGGCCUGAUGAUGAGAAGACCGAGGAUGAGGCGGAAGCUUCGGAAAGAGAGGUGUCGAUUCCAAGAAAAACUGGAAGUGCAGCGACAGGGAAAAAAGCUCAAGUUUCUCGAAAGAAACAAUCACAUCGUAUAAUAUACAGCUCCGAGUCCUCAGACGACGACAACCUUUCGCCUGCAUCGAAGCCAGCCUCCACCGAAGUCAUAGAAAUCAGCUCGGGCUCGGAUUCUGGCGACGAAUCCUCGGACGAUGAUGUGACGAUACCUCCUUCACCUGUUUCCCUGUUGAGAAGCAAGAAGCUACGAGAAUCCAUUCAUGAUGAAUCUUACGAAUCAGACGAUGGAACCAUAUUAACGCUGGACGACCCAAAGUCUGCACGCAAGCCAGUGCGCCUACUUCCGCCCAACGGGAUACUCGCGGGCCCGAAUCGCCUCUCCCAAAUGCCAUCAACGCCCGUCAAACUUCGCGCGACAGAUCCCAGCACGCCACACACUCUGCGCGCAGACUCGACCCCGCACCCGUUCCCUGCACUCCCUUACUCGCCCUCGUCGUGGCCUCUGGUCCCUCCGCG